CGCUGUGACAGCUGUGGGACAGACCUGCAGCUGCAUCGCUCACAUGACAGGACAGCUGGACACUGAGCCGUGCAUCCCUGAGCACAUCAGCACUCAGUACAGCCUGACGAUCGGCCAGGUGCUCUGGGACAUGACCCCUGGUGCCGACUACUACACAGUUGAAGGGGUGACAGAGCAGGGCCUGAUGGUCUCCUGCGUCACCAACGACACCUACUGUCCCAUGUACAACAUGGAAUGUGGCCAGAUGUACAGCAUCAACGUCACGGCACAUAAUCACGUGUGCAAAGACGUGUCCACCUCGACGGAACCGGUUGCAAUUAUGACAGAGCCUUGCCCGCCCGAAAACGUGCAGACCAAUGUGAAUUGCCAGAAUGACAUGGGAAUUGUGUCGUGGGAGGCCAGUUAUGGUGCUGUGGCUUACGAGGUUCGUCUCGCUGGGCGUGACGGCCACUCUGUGUCCUGCUACAGUACAGACCCUUUCUGUAAUGUAGAAGGCCUCCACUGUGGAAUCAUCUACUACACCAAUGUCAUCGCCAUCGGAGAGAUUCUCAACAGUAGCAUCUCCACUACUGUCCUGCUCAUCUCAGCUCCCUGUGCAGCUGAAAAUGUAGCAGCCUAUUUGGAUUGCGACAACAACACAGCCAAAGUCUCCUGGAGCUCGGACGAUGUAGGAAACUCCUACAUGGUGUCCGCUGUAGGAAAUCAUGGCUACUUGGCUUCAUGCGAGUCUGAUGAGCAGAUGUGUUAUUUGACGGAGCUGCAGUGCGGUGAGACGUAUAACGUCAGCCUCACAACCAUCAGCGAACACUGCCAGACUGAGACACACGCUGAUGUCACCUUCAGCACACGGCCCUGUAAACCUCUGCGCGUUGGAGUGGACCUGCAGUGUGGGACGAGUACAGCCAACAUGUACUGGGAGGAAAGAGAGGAGGUGGAGCUUUACAUGGCGACUGCCACCUGCAGCAUGGGAAUGACUCUGUGGUGCAACUCCACCAACUCCACCUGUCAGUUCUCCAACUUGCACUGCGGGGAAACCUAUGAAUUCUCUGUAACUGCAUACAGUAACAUGUGCUACAGUGAAAUCAGCAGCACUGUGGAGAUUCAGACAGAACCCUGCCAGCCAACUGGUGUCACAGUCAGUGGGUCAUGUGACAAUGAGACGGUGGUGUUGGAUUGGCUGGAGGCUAAAGGGGCAUCAGUCUAUGUGGUGACAGCCACAGGAGACCUGGGAUACACCACGUCUUUCCAAACCGAGGAGACAAUGAUAGAGGCUGAGCUGCCCUGCGGACAGCUAUUUACCUUCACUGUUCAAGCUCAAGAUGACCGAUGUAACAGCGCUGUGAGCCUGCCUGAAGAGUUCAAGACAGGUCCCUGCGUGCCCCAGCAUGUGCAGAGCUUUUCAGAUUGUGAGAACAAUCUGGGCUCGGUCACCUGGGCCAGCAGCGACGGGGCGGAGUCUUACUUGGCCAUCGCAGUGGGACAGGAUGGCCACACCCACAUGUGCACCACAAACACCACCACAUGCGCCUGGGACGACCUGCACUGUGGCGAUCAGUACACCGUUCAUGUCAUUGCCAACGACUACCUGUGCAGUAGCAUGCCGAGCAACAGCACUUCAAUACGAAUGGCACCCUGUAUUCCCCAGAACUUGACAUCGUCUCUAAACUGCACUAUGAAGGUGGGAACGCUGACCUGGAAUGCCAGUGAAACUGCUGAGUUUUACAUUGUGACAGCAGAGAACAACAAUGGCCAUAAAGUGCAGCUCAGCACCAACGACACCUGGACCCUCAUUUCUGAGUUCCAGUGCGGCCAGGAGUACCUCCUGUCUGUUCAGGCGGUAGACUCUGUGUGCACAAGUCUCCCCAGUCAGCCCUCAACGCUUGAGUCAGAGCCCUGCCCGCCCACUGGUGUCUCCAGCUUCAUGACCUGCCACGCUAACAUUGCUGUGGUGUCAUGGUCCGCCUCGGCCGGGUCAGAGUUCUACACUGCCACAGUAAUGCAGGAAGAUGGCCAGUCAAGCAGCUGCUGGUCUGACAGCGAGCAGUGCGGCAUGCCCAACAUCCACUGUGGACAGAACUACACAGUGACAGUCGUCGCCUCAAACGGGAAGUGUAACUCUGACCCCAGUGAGCCUGACAUGCUGCAGUCAGUGCCUUGUGUUCCAGCUGAUGUGGAUGUGAAGAUAGACUGCUCUGAAAAUCAGGCUGUCGUGUCCUGGGGGGCCAGCGAGGGGGCUCUGUCCUACAACGUGUCGGCUCAGAGCACACGGGGAGCCAUGUCCUCCUGUGAGAGUACAGAAACAAUGUGCAUCUUGACCAACCUCACCUGUGGCCAGACCUACUCUGUUCAGGUGGUGGCGGAGGAUGAUAUUUGCUCAAGUUUACCCAGCCCAGCUAUAGAGUUCAAGUCAGUCCCCUGCACACCGAACAUGGGCUCAGUGGUUCUGGACUGUUACACCAACUCAGCCCUCUUGGACUGGGCCUAUGCAGAUGGCGCCCUGGACUACACCGCAACAGCCCGGUCCUCUAGUGGCCAUGUUUCUACCUGCAACUCCAACUACACUAACUGCGAGCUAAAGGGCCUGGAGUGCGGCCAGACCUAUAAUGUGAUUGUUGUGGCCUCAAAUGAGAAUUGCAGCAGCCCUCCAAGCACUAGGUUGCCGGUGGAGUCAGCUCCUUGUCCUCCUGAAGAUGUUGAUCCUGUACUGGACUGCUCUACCAACACCGCCCGUGUAGAGUGGCAGGGCCGCGGAGGGGCCGAUUUCUACAUUGUCCAAGCCUUGGGCGUGGAAGAGCAUGAAUCUGGCUGUGAGACUGCGUCUCUGUCUUGCGACCUGGGAGACCUCAUGUGUGGCUUCACCUACAACAUCAGUGUGAUUGCCAUCAACGGCAUGUGCAAUGUCUCGAAAAGUGACAUGAAACAGCUUCAAGCAGUGCCCUGUGUACCGCAGCACGUGGAGGCCCGGGUGGUUUGUGAGUCUGGCGCUGUGGCGGUCUCCUGGGAGCACAGCAAAGGGGCAUCAUCAUACACCGCAGUUGCCCAGGGCAACGGUGGCUACGCAUCAACAUGCAACAGCAGUGAGACAACAUGCCUGUUUGAUGACUUGCUGUGCGGCCUCAACUACUCCAUCACUGUCAGUGCUUCAGAUGAGACGUGUAGCAGUGCUGAGAGCUCUGCUGUGGAGCUCAGCACAGUGCCAUGUGUACCACAGAAAGUAACAGCAGAGAUGGUGUGCAGCAAUAACACAGGUGUUGUGUCAUGGGAAGAAGGAGAGGGUGUGUCAUCUUACAUGGUGCGAGCUUUUGGGCCUGAUGGUCACAAGACUCAGUGUAACAGCACCGGAAACUGUUGCCAUCUACCCAACAUGCAUUGUGGCCAGCUCUACAACCUGACAGUGACAGCUCUGGAUGGAGAGUGUGACAACAGCCACACCUACCUCAACCUGCAGUCAGUGCCUUGCAAGCCAACCAACGUUAGGGCUUCCCUGCGGUGUCACUCAAACUCUGCUGCGGUGACGUGGGAACGAGCCAGCGGAGCGCUCUCCUAUCUUGUGGUGGGUAUUACAGAAGACGGAAGCCACCAGACUGAAUGUAACAACACCAUGACCUUCUGUGAUCUGAGCGACCUGCAGUGUGGACAGACCUACAAUGUGAGCGUGUUCGGCCAGGAUGAGUCCUGCUCCAGUAUGGAGAGCGACAAGGCUUACGUGCGGACAGCCCCCUGUGCACCCCAGGAUGUGACUGUUGAUGCACAGUGUAAUGAGGGUGCCAUGACAGUGUCCUGGCUCCCCAACCCUGAUGCCGAGUACUUCCAUGUGGCAGCAGUGAGCAACACCGGGGCGAGACUCUACUGUAACUCCAGUGGGCUUUCCUGCACCAUAUCAGAUCUACCAUGUGGACGGAGCUACAAUGUGACUGUGCUGUCUGUAAGAGAGGGCUGUGAGAGCAAGCCCAGCGCUAUGGUACACACUUCCUCAGCUCCAUGUGUGCCCAGGAAUCCUGAGGGCCGUCUGGACUGCGUAUCAAACGCCGCUUGGGUGACGUGGGAUGCCUCAGAUGGAGCCCUCAGCUACUUUGUGCUGGCCCAAGGAGUCGGAGGUCACAACUCCAGCUGCAGUACCGCUUCAUCCCCCUGUAAUGUCCCAGAUCUGGAAUGUGGGACACUUUACACCUUCCACGUCACUGCAGUCAACAAACACUGCCGCAGUAAUCACAGCACCACCUUUGAGCUGGAGACAGGUCCUUGUGCUCUAACAUCCAUUAGUGCAGUGACACAAUGUGACAGUGACACGAUACUGGUUGAAUGGGAGAUGACGGAGGACACGCCACUCUACCUGGUGACUGCUGAGGGCCACGACCAAACCCUUAUUUCCUGUAACAGCUCGUCCACAUCAUGUGAACUCCAGGGUAUCCAAUGUGGCAUGCAUUAUAGCAUCAUAGUGUCAGCUUCUUCUGAUAAGUGCAGCAGCCUCAGAAGUCCACCAAAGAAGAUCAAAACAGCACCCUGCGUCCCGGACAAUGUGACAGUGGUACCGUCAUGUGAAGAGAACGGAGCCACAGUGAUGUGGGGACACUCCUCUGUGGCUACAUCCUACCUACUGACAGCCACAGGGAGGGAUGGACAUGUUGUGAGCUGCAACACCAAAGUGAACAACUGCACGCUGGCUGAUCUGCAUUGUGGACAGCCGUACAACAUUAGCAUCACCGCCAGUGGAGACAACUGCACGAGCCAGCCCAGCAUUUCAUCCUUCCGCACAGUGCCCUGUGAGCCCUCUGGUCUUGCAGUGGAUAUUGAUUGCGAGACCAACACUGCCAUGCUGUCUUGGGAGGCCAGUGAGGGCGCCGUCGAGUAUUUCGGCUGUGCCCAACCUAUGUAUGGAGAUGCACUCUACUGUGACAGUAACGGCCCCUACUGCACCAUCGAGGGCCUGGAAUGUGGUGACAUUUACAACUUCUCUGUUGAAGCCUCUAAUGGCGUCUGCAACAGCUCAUUUAGUGCACCUCUGCAGGAAGGAGCAGCUCCAUGUGCUCCGACUGAUCUGAAUGUCCGAAUGCAGAAGAUAGACCAGACUCACUGGGCCAUGACAUCAUGGGACAGCGUUAAUUGUUCUGAUGUUGAGUACCUUGUGGAGAUAACCGGUCGAAUCCAAAAUGACCCACGUGCCCAGAUGGAGGUCUCCUCCUACUGGCGGCCCAUGACAUACUUUGAGUUCCCAAUGCCAUGCAGCACAGCUUAUAACCUCACCGUACGCUCCAGAAACUCAGCCGGGGUCAGCGAGCCAUCUGCUGCCUUCACUGGAGUCACAGUCCCCUGUGCUCCACAGAAUGUGCAAUAUAGUGGUGACACACAGUCUGCUGUGCUUUCCUGGGAUGAGUCAGUGUUGGCCACAGGGUACACCGUUUACAAUGUGUCGGGUGCAGGCCGCAUUGAGCUCUGCAGCACCACUGAGCUCUUCUGCGAACUGAUCAACUUCGAUCCCAGCACCACUGAAGUGACAGCCAGCAAUGCAGAAGGAGAGAGCAUUGCUAACGGAGAUAUUACAGGUCCAGGAGCGCGCAGAAGAAGAGAUUUGUGGUCCAGUGAAAUCUAAGCCCCUUCAAACACACAGAUCCGAAAAAUCCCAGAGGUGACUGUCACGGUAAAAGGAGUUUCAUUGUAUGUGAAUUGGUUGCUAGUGAAGGAUGCAGCAGAGCACACAGUCUGGAUUGAGGAGGAAGAAGAAAGAGAUCAGAUGAAUAGGGACUUUAGAGUGAGAACCACUGAUGGUAAUUUUCACAAAAAGACUAACCGCAAGCCAUGGACCACCUACAUCAUCAGGCUGGCAGCCAAAAACACCAUCAACCAAAGCAACUACUCCAAACUACAAAGCAGAGCCACUGGUGCCUCCUAAUGAAAUACCACUGAUCCACUUAUAGACACUGGACUCAACAGAAGUACCAUCAUAUGGGUUUUAUGUUUUCUUCACUCUGUAGCUUCCAUAACAGAUCUGUUACCGGUUCAUUCUGUAAUAACUUUAGGAGGAAAAUUGUGCAACAACUAAAUGACAUGUUAUUACAAAUUCUUCUGUCUGGGAAACAUGUCACAAAUAAAUUAUGAUCAAAGAUGAGAACCUUUAGAUUUGAAUGCUUAUGAAUCUUUGUUUAGCAAUAGUGUAUAUACAAGCCCAAUCCCAAGAAAGUUGGGAUGCUGUGUAAAAAAAACAAAACAAAAAAAACUGAAUGCAAUGAUUUGCAAAUCUUUUUUGACCUAUAUUCAAUUGACUUCACUCCAGAGACAAGAUAUUUAAUGCUCAA